AACCUCAGCAUUGAUUUAUUGUCUCUUAUCUUCAAUUUUAUUUCUCUAUUAUUAAUUUUCCAUUCUCUAUCUUAAGCUCUUAAUCCACUCAAUUCUAAUUCGCCAUGCCUGGAAAUCGAGCAGGAGAAAUCAUGUGGCCGGGAUUGGUAGCAAGCAAGAUCUUGAAAACAAGAUUAGGAAGCAACAAUUUCGUAGCAGAUUUUCCGAGUAAUAAUAAUACUGCUCAUCAUCACUAUGAAGUUGAUGAUAGUUCAAAAUUAGGUCAGCCAUCUUUGAGCGCGGACUCCAUUUUUAACCAUAAUGACAAGGUCGACACAAACAACUAUAAGGUUUUUGUUAGCACGUGGAAUGUUGGUGGAAUUGCACCAGAUGAAGAUCUGGAUAUGGAGGAUUGGCUUGAUACACCCAACAUUUGUGACAUAUAUGUUCUUGGGUUUCAAGAAAUUGUGCCACUAAGAGCAUCGAAUGUUCUAGGUUCUGAGAAUAGCAAGAAUUCGAUGAAAUGGAAUUCGAUAAUUAGAAAAGCAUUGAACAAGAAGAUUAUUAAUAAUUACGAUGAAAAUAGCAAUAAUGUUCCUAAAGAUUUCCGGUGUGUGAUUAGCAAACAAAUGGUGGGAAUAUUAAUAUCAGUUUGGGUUCGGAGUGAUCUUCGUCCUUAUAUCCGACAUCCCUGUGUCUCUUGUGUUGGCUGUGGCAUCAUGGGCUGCCUUGGAAAUAAGGGUUCCGUAUCGGUUCGAUUUUGGGUACACAAAACAAGCUUCUGCUUUAUAUGCAGUCAUCUAGCAUCAGGUGGUAGAGAAGGAGAUGAAAAACUCAGAAAUUCUAAUGUUGCUGAAAUUUUGUCGAGAACAAGUUUUCCAAAAGGCCCUUCACUCGAUUUGCCAAGCAAGAUUCUAGAUCAUGACCGAGUAAUUUUGCUUGGAGAUUUAAAUUAUAGAAUUUCAUUACCAGAAGCUACUACUCGAUUAUUGGUGGAUAAAAAAGAAUGGAAUUCUUUGUUAGAAAAUGAUCAGCUGACUACUGAGCUCAAGAGUGGUCAAGUACUUGAAGGUUGGCAUGAAGGAACAAUCAAAUUCCCUCCAACCUACAAAUAUUGCCCUAAUUCUAAUGUCUACUUUGGAUGUAUAGAGGGCAAAAAAGGUGCAAAAUGGCGUGCUCCAGCAUGGUGCGAUCGGAUUGUUUGGUAUGGAGAAGGACUAAAGCAACAUUCAUACACAAGAGGUGAAGCAAAAUUCUCCGAUCACCGACCGGUGAAGGCAAUAUUUUCUGCUGAAGUUGAGACUCUAAGAACAUUAAAAGGACUUCAACAAUUCUUCUUAUCAGAAAGGUUUGAUCAAAUAACAAACGAAUUUGAUCAAAUAUCAUCAACGGAUAAUUUUUUAUGCAAUGGCAGAUUAAGCUUCAAGAUAUAAAAUUAACAUAAUAAUUUUUGUAAAAUGUAUAAAGCCUAAUAGCCCAAAAAAAUCAAAUAUUUACUGAUUUUGUCAAUUUUAAUUAAUUUUUGUAUAUUUUUUUAAUUAUUACCUAGUUUAUAAAUUUUAUUUCUAUAUAUUGUCGUUGUUCGUCCAAUUGAAUUUGAUUUUGCUCUCCCGACAGUCACUAAAUAGUUAUCUAUUACAUAAUAGUCGGCUAAAUUGGAUCAAAAUAAGACAACUAUCAAUAAUUUGUAUCUGAGCAAAAUCAAAUUCAAUUAAGCGGACUUUAACAAUAACUGAAAUAAAUACUCUUAAAUUAUUCAAUAAUUAAUAAAAUAGAAAAUUGUUAAAAUUGACAAAAACAUAUUUACUUUUUUGGUUAUUAGACUAAUGUAUGAUACUAAAAACAGAAUAGAAAAAGAAAGUUUAAUCAAUUAUUAGAAGCUUCUGAUAUUCAUUAUAGUUUUUUGAAUAUGAGGUGAUUUUUUUUAUUUUUAGAUAUGAGGUGAUGAGUGAACAAUAUUAGUGUUUGUUUUUCUUGUUCUCCAUGUUUUUUUAAGGGGGAGAGGAAGUUGUCCUAUUCAUCCUUUCAUUUUCAUUGUAUAUUAUUACUAUAUUUUAUUAAUUUUGUAUUUUUA